GGGCACGCGCGAGCGUUGUCGCGCAGGUCGGAUUAAAAAAAAAUCUCUGUGGACAAGAAGCCAUUGUGCGCGAGCCUGUGGAGGAUUUAAUUCAUUAAUUCCCCCCCACCCCCCACCCCCGUGAUAUAAAGAGGUUUUUUUUCUUUUUUCUUCUAUGUGACUGAGCUCACAGCAUGGGGACACUGCUGUUAUUUGCUGCCCUGCAGGUGGUGACGGUCGCUGUGGUGACUGCAGGCUGCCCGGUGGUUUGUGAGUGUCCAGCGGGACCCCCGUCAUGUCCCCCGGGUGUCAGCUCGGUGCCGGACGGCUGCGGCUGCUGCAAGGUGUGUGCAGCCCAGCUCAACCAGGACUGCCACGAAGGACGGCCCUGUGACCACCACAAAGGCCUGGAGUGCAACUAUGGCAAUGAUGUGGGCCGUACCCACGGCAUCUGCAGGGCCAAGGCCGAGGGCCGCUCCUGCGAAUACAACGGGCGGAUUUAUCAAAAUGGCGAGAAUUUCCGCGCUGGCUGCAAGCACCAGUGCACCUGCAUCGAUGGAGCGGUGGGCUGUGUGCCCCUUUGCCCCAGCCACGUGCCCCUGGCGUCCCCGGCCUGUCCUGCCCCACAGCUGGUCAAGGUGCCCGGUCAGUGCUGCCUGAGCAUCGACUGCCACAAGGGAACCACCGCCGUGGACCCAGCGCACCGGCGACCGCCACCUCCGGCUUACCGGCCUUACCCGUUCAUUCCCUACCCGGCCUACCCCUUCCCCAAGCCGUAUCCAAAACAAUACAGGAAGCUGUACCCCUACAAACCCAAGAAGGAGAAGGACACGGGGAUGGGGAACGAGCUGGUGGAGGUGGGGCGCAAGUGGGACAAGCCACGUGGAAUCAAGCAGCUGGCGGCCUGGAGGCAGAUGGGAGGCCAGUGUGUGGUUCAGACUACUUCCUGGUCCCAGUGUUCCCGGAGCUGUGGGAUGGGCGUGUCCUCUCGUGUUACCAAUGACAAUGCCCGCUGUAAGCUGAUAAAGGAGACGCGUCUGUGCAACGUUCGGCCCUGCAGCUCCAUGUCCAACCCUGUCAAGAAAGGUAGAAAGUGCUCUCGCACCCAUAAGGCCCCGGAGCCGCACCGCCUGUCGUACGCCGGCUGCAGGAGCACGCGCCUUUACAGGCCCAACUACUGCGGCGUGUGCAAGGACGGACGCUGCUGCUCGCCCCGCCGCACGCGCACCGCCAGCGUGACCUUCGCCUGCCCCGACGGCGAGCGCUUCAACAGGUCUGUGAUGUUCAUCCAGUCCUGCAAGUGCAGCGACGAGUGCAACCAUCUCAAUGAGGCCGCCCUGCCGCCACAGCGAUGGCUCUAUGGAGACACACACAAGUUCAUCGACUAACGGCGUCCCCCGUAGUCCCCCCCCCCUACAUUCCUUAAAACACACACAAAAAAAAAUAAUUUGAUUCCCCCUAGAUUAGAAUAGCUUAGUAUAUCUAUCUAGAAAGGUGCACACAUGAUCAUCAUCUUUUAUGGAAAUUGAAUUGGGGAGGAAUGGGGAGAAUCAUCUCCAGCUUGGAAAGAGAGGGGUGACCGGCCCCUGCUUCAUAAUGACAUGGAUGCAACCAGCCGCCAUGUUGCUGCCAUGCACCAACUGUCCUCUAAACUCUGAGACUUUUAUUGGGGGGACAAUGGACCAAGUUGGCACAGAUUCACAUUCACAGAUUAACGGCGCUUUGGAGCUGGAAGCAUCGGUGUGUGCGCGCUCCACUCGACAUCUGAGGACUGGUAAACCAAACGAAGACGCACAGAGACAACUUGGCAGAAAAGACUGGGGCCCGUGACGGUGUAAGAUGGAGGGGCAUCUCACAUGCUCCGACAGAAGCGUGGUGUGUGUGUGUCUUUUUUAUGGUAUUUAUUCAUUGGUAUUUAUUGUUGGGAUGUACAUGAUGACACUGUGGUCUGCCACCAUGGAAGGUGGUCCUGCUACAUGUAUGUUUGGAGAAUCAGUGUGGCUGAACAUGGAUCUGAGAGGGACAGAGCAGCUGUCAGCCACAAAACAGAGGAGACGACUCCUGGGCUUGAACCCUGGGGGUAGAUCAGAGGUCACAGCAGUCAAAUACAUACAUCUAUUGAUGGACGAUGAUGGCUAAAGGACAAGAGGUGGUGCCUCGUGGUUUACAGCUUUGUGUUUAAACAUCUGAACUCAUCCCCUGAUUUGCCUGCACGUGAAACUGAGACAUUUAGCAAGCACCACAAGAACAAGCCUGGGAUUCUGGCGUCAAGAAGUUGACCACCUAAUUCUGCGUAAAUUACAAUCCUCACUCCGAGGGACAAAAAUCGGCCACUCUCUGGUUUGCUGUAAAAAUACGAUUUGAAAACUUGCUUGAAACUGAGUCAACAUGUAAUUUGUGACUGGCGGGCGGAGACGCUCUGGUGGCCAAUCUGGCCUGUAAUCGAGCAACACUGCAACAACACAAUGACACAUGCGUCUCCGUGCUUAAGUGGCGGCUAUUUGUGACAAACGGCGGGCACUGAUGCCCACUGUCGCCAGUGGACGUCAGUGUUAGAGACAGAGAGGAGGCUCUGUGGCCGUGCAGAGGACAGAGCCCAGACAUGAGCAAGAACUUGACUCCAAGUUCCUAAUAAAGACACAACUGAAGGAGAGGAGUUGUGGAAUAUUCUCUCAUUUUGUGACUGAGACUGUGCAUAAUGACCGACAAACACCAGCAUCGUCCUUGACUGACAGCUGGGUUCAAGUACAUGCACCUUAGCACAGCGCUUAUUCGUUGCCUUUUCUCGUCGACCCAUUCUCAUGUGAAUGAAAGAGGAAAAUGCAGAGAGGUCAUUUCAAACUGAUUUUUAGUUUUACUGCAGAUGCAUAUACAUAUUCUGAUUUGGUGAUUCUAAAUCAUUUGUACCAUUUUAUGACCUGAUGUUGUGCCAUAACACAGUGGCUUAGCUGUUGAGACUUUUGCAUUUUCUACCAUCUUGUUGAUACUAACUAUAGGCUUUUGUUUUUUAGUUCUUAAAACUCUACAGACGAUUAAAGGACGUUUGGAAAAUGUUUGCAAAAACUGUCCACAUAGAUGCUGUGGUUUUUGUACUGUAUGUCUAGAUUUGUUACAGGAUACUAUAGAGCAGCUACAUACUAUAUGUACAUAUGCAUCAAUACCUUCUUUGUAGUUCUGUCUGCUGUAUAAGAGCCACGUUUUUUUGACCAAGUAAUGCUGUCAUAGUCCACGUAUAGUUCUGAUUCUGUAUGAGUACAGAAUUGAAAAGCAUGCUGACUGUAUGUCUACUAGUGACCAUCAAACGUGUAACUACAAAGUCAUGCUUUUUGGCUUACUCAGUCAAAACACAAUUGCCCAUGUUGUUCACAAAUUCUUCUCUGGAUGUUUUUCAUAUAUUUCAAUUGCAUUUGAAUAAAGACAUUUUCACCGUGUA